CGAGGUCUAGGCUGAGGCUGAGUGGUGGGCCGAACCGCUGCGCAGGCAACGUGGAAAUCCAGUUCCUUGGAAGCUGGGAGAAGGUGUGUGGAUACCUGUGGAACAUGGAAGAUGCUGAGGUUGUGUGCAGGCAGCUUGGCUGCGGAUCACCCCUUGGAGUGAUGCACAAUUUCCCUUCGAGCGACUCAUACCCGUACUUCAUCACGGAGGUGAAUUGUGCAGGGUAUGAAGACAAUUUGUUGCAGUGCCCCUACAGCUACCAGUACUAUGUCUGUCAUCAUGGAGAUGCUUCUGUCAUAUGCUCAGACUCAGGACUAACAGUGCCUCGACGAGCAGUGAGAGCUAUCUUCAGCGUGACGCCCCCCAUGCCAUGGACCACAGGGACAGGCUCCUGUGGUGGCUUACUGCAGGGUCUGUGGGGCUCCAUCGAGAGCCCGGGCUACCCCAACUCCUACCCCAACAACGCCCGCUGCGUGUGGCGCAUUCAGCUGUGGGACCCGGCCCGCAGAGUGGAGCUCCGCUUUUCGGAUGUGGAGCUGGAAGGCAGCAACUGCUCCUACGAUGCCAUCGAGGUGUUCGACGGUGGGCCCCUUGGGGGGCCGCUCCUGGGCACUGUUUGCACCAACACCUCUCGAGUCUUCACGUCCUCCGGGCACCAGCUCACCGUCCUGUUUCACAGUGACUUCAGCAUCACCAGCAGAGGUUUCCUGGCCUACUACUCCUCAUUUCUUGCCUUCAACAGCACCACAGAACCAGGUAAUUCCAGCUGGGUGACCACAGGGACAGCGACCUCAGGGACAGGCUCCUGUGGUGGCUUCCUGCAGGGUCUGUGGGGCUCCAUCGAGAGCCCGGGCUACCCCAACUCCUACCCCAACAACGCCCGCUGCGUGUGGCGCAUUCAGCUGUGGGACCCGGCCCGCAGAGUGGAGCUCCGCUUUUCGGAUGUGGAGCUGGAAGGCAGCAACUGCUCCUACGAUGCCAUCGAGGUGUUCGACGGUGGGCCCCUUGGGGGGCCGCUCCUGGGCACUGUUUGCACCAACACCUCUCGAGUCUUCACGUCCUCCGGGCACCAGCUCACCGUCCUGUUUCACAGUGACUUCAGCAUCACCAGCAGAGGUUUCCUGGCCUACUACUCCUCAUUUCUUGCCUUCAACAGCACCGCAGCGCCAGGUACUUCCAACUGGAAAACUACUGUGACAUCAACCUCAGAAGAUUACUCUUGUGGUGGCUUGCUUUCCUCUUCAUCUGGUAGAUUACAGAGUCCAUUUUACCCCCAAAAUUAUCCAAACAAUGCCAACUGUGUGUGGGAAAUAGAAGUAAAGAGCAACUUCCUUGUCACACUUAGAUUUGAAGAUAUUCAGAUGGAAGGUGGCAGAUGCCUCUCUGACUACAUAGAAGUUUAUGACGGGCCCCUGCACACCUCUCCUCUCCUUGGGAAGUUCUGUUCUGGUUAUUAUCGCACAUACACGUCCUCCUCAAACCUGAUGACUGUCCGAUUCCACAGCAACUCUCGAUACACAUACAGAGGGUUUCAGGCCUACUAUUACUCCACUGUAGCAGAUUCAAGCACUACACUGCUGUGUUUGCCAGACUACAUGCAUGUAGUUGUGAGCAGAUACUUCCUUCAGUCCCAUGGCUACUCUGCUUGGAAUCUCACCCUGAAUGACCCCCUUUGCACACCCAACAUCACAUCAGAGGCUGUUGUAUUCGACAUUCCGUACACUCGCUGCGGCACAGUCAGAGAGGGAAACAACAACACAAUCAGCUAUUCCAACGUUAUUAAAGGGUCCUCUUCUGGUUCUGUAAUCACAAGAAACAGAAAUCUUCACCUGCAUGUCAACUGCAAGAUGCUCGAGGACACGUGGGCACAAACCAUGUACGUCGCGGACAACAACUUUGAAGUCAAUGAAACUCAGUACAGCAGAUAUGAUGUGAACCUCACGUUUUAUGACUCUUCAUACUUCUCACGGCCAGUGUACGACUCACCAUACUAUGUCCAUAUGAACCAGAACUUGUUCCUUCAAGCCUACCUGCACAGCUCUGAUCCAAACCUGGUGCUAUUCCUGGACACGUGUGUGGCAUCUCCAGCUCCCCAUAACUCUACGGCAGUAACCUAUGAUAUAAUCAGGAAUGGGUGUGCUCGAGAUUCUACCUAUGCUGCAUAUUAUUCACCCCACAAACACAUCCUGCGCUUUACAUUCGCGGCCUUCCAGUUUGUUUGGAGCGAUCCAGUGGUUUACCUGCGGUGUGAACUGGUGGUGUGCAGGGCCUAUGACUACUCUUCCAGGUGCUACCAAGGCUGUAUUAACAGGCCCAAGAGAGAGGCAAGCUCUGGCCUAGAAAGUGUGAUUGUUAUUGCUGGCCCAAUACAGCUUCGGGAACCUGGUUCUGAGAAAAGGAAUGAACCUGAAUCUAAAUGAAACUGUCUCCUUUGACAGAUAGAUCUUUAAAUGCCAAUUGAAUUCUGAAAGAAACUGUGCUGCUAGAUUACCAGAAGCUCUAGAAUAAACAUUAGGAAUAUGCUUACUGAUUCAUGCCUGUUAAUCCCACUUCACAUCAGUCAUCUUCAUCUCCAUAUAACAAAAAUGUUGUUUCAGCAGUUCUGUGGGGAGUCAGUUUUGUGGUCUCUAAGCUUUUGUGUUUGUUGUUUGCUGUCUUAAUGGUAAAACUGAAAUGUUUCAGUUGCACUUUAAGUUCUAUAAACAGGUUCUAUUAAUAUACACCUGAGCCUGGAUAUAUGAGAGUGCAAGAAGUUGGUUAAUCUUUAAGUCUGAUCUAGAAUGCCAUUUUCUCCCCAUUUUUUUUAUGUUUUGGUGACAACAAGAUGAGGGAUCAAGUGUAACUGAAUUGUCUCAUCUUUCCAAGCGCUGGACUGUUUUGUCAUCCAGGAAAACAUGACUUCAACUCCUGUUCUAUCUCAUGUUUCUCAAGCAUCAUUUAUUAUUGCUGUCGGCCCCUGGCAGUUCACAGAAUCAUAAAAUAGCCUGAGUUGGAAGGGACCCACAAGGAUCAUCAAGUCCAACUCCUGGCCCUGCCCAGGACACCCCAACAAUCCCACCCUGUCCCUGAGAUGGUUGUCCAAACAGUCCUUGAGGUCUGGCAGCCUUGGUGCUGUGCCCACUGCCCUGGGGAGCCUGGUCAGUGCCCCAUCACCCUCUGGGGGAGGAACCUUAUCCUGAUAAAACAUAAACCUUCCCUUACACAACUUCAGGCCAUUCCCUUGGGUCCUGUCACUGCUCCACUGGAGAGACCAGUGUCUGUCCCUCUGCUUCCCCUCAUGAGGAAGCUGCAGAUCGGGACGAGAUCUGCCCCUAGUUGCUGUUUUCAGUCUUGUUGGGUUUCUCUUGAAACAUAAAGAGAAGAAACUAAUUCCAUACCAGAUCCUGUAAGCCUUGAUAAACACCAACUACUGAUCACAUUGGCAGAGUAAUAUGAAGAACUGAGCAAUUUCCUUGCCUUGAGUAAUUUCAUUGCCAAUUCAAGAUUAAAAUCCAAGCAUGACAGCCUCUCUAUGCUGGUGGCUCAUCUCAUGAAAAGAGGUGGGUUUGACAAAAAACCUCAGCACUGAAAGAAGUCAGAAGACCAGGGAAAGUUUGCAGCCCAUUAACAACCCUCAAAUUAACAACCUCUACAGUAUAAGGUUCUCAAAUCUUAUCAGGGUACCUGAACCAUCAGCUUACUUCUCUCAAGAUGGUUAUCUUGACUUUGCUAGUGAAAAAUACAGCCUGGGUUGUGGAGAACACAGAGGGCUGGUUCUUGCUCCACAACAAACAUGAGUUUGUUUCCCACUUUUUCAGAUGUAAAUUAAGAUCGAGAGUCCUUUUCCAUAGGGUAGUUGUGAGUGCAUUACAAAUGGUAAUGGAGCCCACCUGUACCUGUGAGAGGUACUCAGUAAAUCUCGGUGUGAUGCAAUGUGUGUCUUUACCCUUCAGCCAAGGGACUGCUGGAGCUGCCCUCUAAUGCUUUCUGUUUUCACUGCAGUCAGUGCUAGCAAGGAAAAUAUUUGAACUCAAGUGCUACUGUUAUACUCUCCUGAGCCUUCUCUUAAAUCCUGUUUCCUAUCACUUCCAAUUUUUUGAGAAGCAGAUAAAAUUUUGCAUAAAAAUUUCAUGGAAUAAUGAAACGUUUCAAAUGAAGGAGGUUCUAUGUAGCUAAAAAUACCUGGAUGAUCAUGCAUGGCUGAAAGACAAAAAUUAUUCUUCCAAUUGCAUAAGGAUCAUCACAUAUAAUAUCUGAAUAUUUAUGACAAGUUCUUGUUAAGAAAAUGAGCUAUUUAUUUUCUAUUAUGGCUGAUUUCCAAUAUAAAUUAUGUAAUUACAAAACCAGGAAGACAAUGUUUCUAGGUUGAUAUUUCUUGUCUUGAUUCCUGAAAGUGGCUCUGCAUUUGGCACUCAAAAUUUUGCUGUCUUGAAGGACAUCAUCUCUAAUACAGAGUUUUUCCAAGCAAUA